AUGAAAUCAUUUCUGGGGAGUCUGAACUAUUAUAGUCGAUUUAUCGAAGACUACGCGAUCUACGCGUCGGUUUUGUACGAAUUGCGAGAAAUCGACUUUGCUGCGAUGGCGAAAGAGACCACUCAAGGGCGAAUCCAACAAAUGCUGGAAGCAGAAGGUGUGGAUCCAAGAUCACAGGAAGAUCGAGAUGUCAACCACCGAAGGACCCUGGAUCCGGAGGCGCCUGAUCCUAUGGAGGUAGAUCCACGUUGGAUUCAUGCUCAUCGGGCCUUCAACGUGCUCAAGAGCAGGAUUGCUACAACUCCGAUCUUACGACACUUUGACCCGGAUCGGAAAGCUACGGUGGUGGUGUACGCCAGCGACGGGGCUAUCUCGGGAGCCCUGAUGCAAGAAUAUGACCAGAUCUACUACCCCGUGAAGUUUGCGAGCCGUACUCUGAAGUCUAAUGAGCUAAAGUACGGUAUCGCGGAGAAGGAAGUGCUAGCUCUUCCGAGGACCCUGGAUCUGAAUUACAAUGCGUUGGAACUGUAUAUCGUCAGUUUCGAUGGAUCAGCCCAUGUCAAGAGCGGUGGAGGCGCCUACAGCGCGAUCCUGUGGAGGCUGCCCGAAUGGAGGGUGGUGAAAGCUAGAUCAGGGUAUGCCGAAGGCUUGACGGUGAAUGAGGCAGAAUACCAUGGGUUGUUACUAUGUCUGGAUCUGUUGGAGGAUCUGGAUCCACAGCGUCUGGUGAUCUGCGGAGACUCAAACCUGGUGAUCCGACAAGUACGAGGAGAGAUCGAUUAUCAUGAACUAUUGCACGUCAAACGGGACUGGAAUGGGAGUGCUGCUCUGCAACGGCAAUGUGGGAUCGAGAUAGAGUCUGAUGCAGAGAUCCAGGAUCUCAUAACCUUAAAUACGCUGGAUGAGAUCCUGAUGGUGAAAGUCGAAGAAGAAACCAUACGGGUAUCAGCGGUGACGACCCGAUCUAAGGCCAGGUCGGGGGUACGUGCGGGAUCUGAUCCAGACUCCUUACGAGAGGAAGUCGUGAGAGAGCUACGGAUCGAGCGGAUCCGACAAGCGCAGGACGAGGAGUCGUGGAUCAUGGGCUUGAAGAAGUAUCUGAUCGGGGAGAUCCGGGAUCUGACACAAGAAGAAGCUAGAAUGUUCGGAUCUAUUGCCAUGAAUUACGACGUGGAUCAGCUGGCACUCUUCUAUUGCCCGACAUCUAAGAAAGCGGCUGCAGAUUGA